AUGUCUCUCGCUGACUACUUGGCUAAGAACUACCUGACGGCCGACUCGGAUAAGAAGUCGAAGAAGCGCAAGCGCAAGAACAAAGACGGUGGACUCACAAUCGACGACGAUGACGCUCUCGGUUGGCACAAGAAUGACGAUGAGGACGACGAUGAUGCGCCGAUGGUCGUCGGAGGCGGCACGCUGAAGAAGUCCAAGAAGAAGUCGAAAGGAACAAGCGCCGCAUCGUGGACAGCCGUAGGCGUCGCCGCACCCUCACACGCACAACAACUCGCCGCCGACCAAGCUGCCGCCGACGCCAUCAUAGCCUCGACAGCUGCCGACCGCGAACAGGCCGCCGAGGCCGAGGACGAAGCACCCGCAAUGGUCGAUACGGAUGGCGUGCUGAAGAUGGAGUCCGGCGCGAGAGCAGGCCUGCAGACGGCUGCACAAGUAGCAGCAGCCAUGAAGAAAAAGCAAGACGAAGAGAAGCGGAAAGCAGACGAAGUCACAAAGGAGAUGGGCAGCGCCGCCCAGGAGACAAUAUACCGAGAUGCGAGUGGUCGCAUAAUCAACGUUGCCAUGAAGCGCGCAGAAGCGCGUAAGAAGGCCGAGGAUGAGGAGCGCAAGAAGCUCGAGAAGGAAAGGGCGGCUCGCGGCGACGUGCAGAACGCGGAAGCCGCAAAGAGGAAGCAGCAGCUACAGGACGCGAAGACGAUGACUGUUGCUCGCUAUGCGGAUGACGCCGACUUGAACGACGAGCUGAAGGAGCGGGGCCAUUGGAACGAUCCGGCUGCUGGCUUUCUGCGCAAGAAGAAGGCUGGACGAAGCGUGACGGGCAAGCCACUGUAUCAAGGUGCUUUCCAGCCAAAUCGCUACGGCAUCCGUCCUGGACAUCGCUGGGAUGGAGUCGAUCGCGGCACUGGCUUCGAGACACAGUGGUUCGCGGCACGGAACCGGAAGGCAAACAUUGAGAAGCUGGAGUAUGCCUGGCAGAUGGACGAGUGA